CCCCAGUGCAGGGCUCAGAGGGAGGAUCCUGGAUGAGUUUGAGUCAGGAUAAUAAUACCUUAGGUAUUCACAAGACUUUGUACAGUGUUCCCAUGUGGCCUCCAUUUGAGCCUUACAGCAGUCUUGUUAGGUGGGGUUGGAGUUCUUCUAUGCGUGUGGCAAAACAACGCUUGGGGGAGUCACACAGCCACCUAGCAGCAGGACUGCCAUCCGAAUCCAGGCCACCUGCCUCUCUGCUCUGCAGUCUUUCUGCCGCAGCUGUACGUCCUCAGGGGCUAGGAUGGUGGAGCGGUUACAGACCUACAGGGCGUGGAGAGAAGCCCUGUAAGGAUCAGGUCUAACCAGGAAACAGUCUUGAAAAGAAAUGCAAUGCCUUGACCCUCUGAUUUACCGUGCUGCCUAACAAAGGAAGUGUAACGGGAAAUCCCAUGCCAAGGUGACUCGGGGAAGAGGAGAGAAAGCGGAUGGGAUUUUCGUGGCACCGAACUCAUUGUUGCGAUGGCUCGCAGAAGCGCACCGUGCUUUGAAGUUUAGGAAGAGCGUUCCUCCAUCUUUUGGCUCACUGGAUGCUUCUAACAAACCUGUAGAGGCUGAGGAACCACGAAAGGCGUCUCAUCCUCCCUGCGUUAGGGGUCCCUGUCCCUCAUUUUCGUUCUCUGCCACGCAUGUCAGGAGAUGAAUUCCCAAACCAAAGUCCGUCAGACCGCGGUUGGCUCCCGCACUCCCGUGGGUCACGUUUAGUGCUGCCUUCGGAGCGCCUGUCCAGCCUGAGGCUCCUCUCCGCCUCGUCCCACCGGUGCUCCUGACCCUCGUCCUCCAUCAGAGGCUCCUAGGUGACCUCCCGCCUCCAGCAGACCCUUCCGAGCCCGACUUCUGCACUCUUUGUCCUUCGUGCCCGGCAGUAACGCAUGCUUACGUCAGGAAGUACGGCAAAGAGAAGGUGAAAACCGUCCAUCGCUCUAUGACCGUCCUGGCGUGUUUCCUGCUAGAAGAAGAAUGGGGUGAACCGUUAUUUACGAGGUGACCCGAGAGGCAGCCUCGCCGCUCGACGCUGGGGCUGGGGCAGCGAACCAGGCAGACAUGGGCCUUUCCACGUGCGGAAGCCAGCGCGGCCCACGGGCGCGAAGCGUGGUUUCCUCCACGACAUUUGAGGUCUGAUCGCCGCGGUGGCCCGGAGGCGCUGCCGAGGCCAGGAUGAUGGACGGCGACACGGAGCUGAGGACAGAUGGGAACUCCCUCCUGAAGGCGGUAUGGCUGGGGAGGCUCAGGCUGACCAGGCUCCUCCUGGAAGGGGGCGCUUACAUCAAUGAGAGCAACGACAAAGGGGAGACGGCCCUCAUGGUGGCGUGCAUCACCCAGCACGUGGACCAGCAGAGCACCAGCCGGCCCAGGAUGGUGAAGUACCUGCUGGACCAGAGGGCAGACCCCAACAUCCAGGACAAGUCCGGCAAGACGGCUCUCAUCCACGCCUGCAUCCGGAAGGCGGGGGGCGACGUGGUGUCCCUGCUCCUGGAGAACGGCGCCGACCCCAGCCUCGAGGACCGCACGGGGGCUUCGGCCCUGGUCUACGCCAUCAACGCCGAUGACAAGGACGCCCUGAGGCACCUGCUGGACGCCUGCAAAGCCAAAGGAAAGGAGGUGAUCAUCAUAACAACCGCUAAGUCGUCGUCAGGCACCAAAACCACCAAGCAGUAUCUCAACGCCCCUCCGUCGCCCGGAGGGGAAGACCGCCAGUCCCCUCCGCUGUGCACGUCCCCCUCGGACAUCGAACUGAAGGCUCCAGGCCGGGGAGCCCCACCCACGGACAGGGAGGAUGACUUCUUCAGCCUCCAGUCAGGGCGUCUGAGUGCCGGCAACAUGGCCAGGGCUCUCAAUGAGCCCGGGUCGCCCCUCAGGAAAGUGGGGAACCUCAAGCGGGCCCGCCUGCCCCAGCUGAAGAGGCUGCAGUCCGAACCCUGGGGCCUGAUUGCGCCGUCCGUGCUGGCAGCCGGCGCGCGUCAGGACGAGACCCACGGCCCCGGCCCGGACAGUGAGGUCGUCAAGAGCUUCAGUGAUGUGUCCUUCCCCAAGAGGGGGCCGCUCUCCAGAACCAGCAGCAUCGAUGGCAAAGACCCCACCUUCUUCCCCACCGUCGCCGAGCAGGUGCAGAAGAUCACGGCCUCCCCAGGACCAGCAUCCUGGAAGGCCGCCCACGAGAAGGGUCAGGCUUCCCACCCCCGUCUCGCCCGGAGAGGGACUCUCCCCGCUGACCAGGAGAAGGUGGGUAUCGGUCCAGCAGGCCCCCCUGCUCUCAAAGAUCCCGUGUCCCUCAAGUGGCUGGAGAGUGAUUUGCACGACUUAGAUUUACAGACUGGGGCCGACCAGCUCAGCUCGGUCUCCCUGGAAUCAAGCAAAGGGCCCUUGGACAGGAAGAGGCUCGACGGCUCCUUCCUGGCUCUCUUCCACGGCUCGCGGGAGUCCCUGGACGCCGCGCCCAGCACGUCCCCCAGCUCGGCACGCCGCCGGCCACCGCCUCUGCUGGAAAGGCGAGGUUCUGGGACUCUGCUGCUUGACCGAAUUUCGCACACCAGGCCCGGCUUCCUGCCGCCUUUAAACGUCGGUGGGAACCCACUUAUCCCUGACAUCAGAUCCAGCAGCAAACCGUCUUCUCCACUUGCGAGCGGCUUGAAAUCCAUGGUUCCCGUUGCGCCCAGUUCACCCAAGAGAGCAGACCUGAGAGGCAGACGGGCGCUCCUGCGGAGGCACUCCAUGCAGGCCGAGCAGAUGAGGCAGUUGUCGGACUUCGAGCAGACCGUCACCUAGCAGCAGCCGGCGGGCUGUAAACCACAGAACUCUGCGCAGUUACCGGAAGGCACCCUCACCUAGAGCAGCACAGCCGCACAUCCCGUGGGUCCCUCUGCGCUGCUGGCGGGGACGGAGCCGGGCGCUGUGUCCCUGCGGAAGUGGUCUCUGGGUUUAUGUAGUUCUUCCUGCAGAGAGCUCAGGGUAAUUGGGUUCAAGACACGAAAUCACCGAAACCAAAAAUUUCCCCACGGUCCUCCCUUUGGGAUUG